AUGCUACCUGUGUUACACAAUAUGACACCAGUUCCUCUGACUCAAAACUGCUCCAACUGCAGCCAGAUGUUGGCUCUAGACCUCAGUGUGAUCAAACCUGUCGUUCUAGGCUUGGUGCUCGGCGUCUUCAUUGUGUUUGGAGUGGUCGGGAACAUUCUGGUUAUCCUCUCGGUAGUUUGCCACCGACACCUGCGUACGGUGACCCAUUAUUUCAUCGUUAAUCUAGCAGUGGCAGAUCUGCUACUGAGCUCUACGGUACUACCUUUCUCUGCCAUAUUUGAGAUCCUGGAGCGUUGGGUGUUUGGACGAGUCUUUUGCAAUGUUUGGGCAGCUGUCGAUGUACUUUGCUGCACAGCCUCAAUAAUGAGCCUGUGUGUGAUCUCUGUGGAUCGCUACAUUGGAGUCAGUUACCCGCUGCGUUAUCCGGCAAUAAUGACAAAGCGCAGAGCUCUGCUGGCUGUCAUGCUUCUGUGGGUUCUGUCUGUCAUCAUAUCCAUCGGACCUCUGUUCGGCUGGAAAGAGCCGGCACCGGAUGACGAAUCCGUCUGCAAGAUCACAGAGGAGCCGGCCUACGCUAUCUUCUCUGCCGUGGGCUCCUUCUACCUUCCCCUGGCCAUCGUCCUGGUCAUGUACUGCAGGGUAUACGUGGUGGCACGCAGAGAGAGCCAGGGCUUGAGGGAGGGACAAAAGACUGAGAAGUCAGAUUCGGAGUUUGUUAUACUAAGGAUUCACCGAGGCAACACAACUGUAAGUGACGACGAGGCGCUUCGAAGACGCACACAUUUUGCCCUGCGAUUGCUGAAGUUCUCUCGGGAGAAGAAGGCGGCCAAGACGCUGGGCAUUGUGGUGGGCUGCUUUGUACUGUGCUGGCUGCCUUUCUUCCUGGUCCUCCCUAUCAGCUCCAUAUUUCCUGCAUACAGACCGCCUGACAUUGUCUUCAAGAUCACCUUCUGGCUGGGCUAUUUCAACAGCUGCAUUAACCCCAUCAUCUACCCGUGCUCUAACCAGGAAUUUAAGAAAGCCUUCCAGAGUUUACUGGGAGCUCACUGUCUACGAGCCACCCCCAGACCGCAUCAGCAUCAUCAUCAUCAUCAUCUGGCUGUAGGCCAAAGUCAAAUGCAUGUCCACAACCAGACCCUAACUCUGAACCUUUCCGGCAGGGGUGCAUCCUGUCGCCUCAGCCCCUCCUCCCCUGUCGAUCUGUCCAGGACUCCGUCCUCCCGGAACAGCAGGGAGUGGAACGUUUUUCCAGACCGUCCCCCUGGGGGAACCGGACCAGCGGACAAAAGCAGAAAAGUAGCAAAACUCUGCAGUAAAAGCUUCCGGCGGGCCUGCUGCUGCAUCCCCAAUGAUGGGAGUCCUCCUCCUGAGGGAAAUUGCACCCAGCCCCCUCCAGUUGGAAAUCUUCCCACCAUUAAAAUCCAUCAAUUGUCCUUGUCAGAUAAAGGAGAGCCUGUUUAA